AUGUUUCGCGCAGCCGCUCCCGGCCCCUUUGACGAGGCCGUCGGCAAGGCCACUGACGAAAACGCCACCUCCGAGGACUGGUCCGCCAUCCUCGAAGUGUGUGACCGUGUCUCGAGCGACCCCGUCAACGGCCCCAAAGAGGCCGUCCAGAGCCUCAUCAAGCGCCUCGCCCACCGUAACGCCAACGUCCAGCUCUACACGCUCGAGCUUGCCAACGCGCUGAGCCAGAACUGCGGGACGCCCCUGCACCGCGAACUCGCCUCGCGCGCCUUUACCGACGCCCUGCUCAAGCUCGCCAACGACCGCAAUACCCACAACCUCGUCCGCCUCAAGAUCUUGGAGCGUAUGAAGGAGUGGUCCGACAUGUUCCGCAGCAACACCGACCUCGGCAUCAUGCAAGACGCCUACAGCCGCCUGCAGCACGCGCAACCCCAGCUGCAACCCCCGCCCUCCGCGCCCCAGAAGAACAGCCUGACCGAGCAGGAUCGCCAGCGCGAAGAGGAGGACCUGCAGCGGGCCCUCAAGCUGUCGCUUGAGGACGAGGCGAGCAAGAAACAGGCCGCCCCCGGCGGCAGCGGGGCUGGUGGAGCAGCUGGUGCGGGUCCGUCGGGCGCUGCUGGCCCCUCGGCCUACAGCGCAGCUACUGCGGGCGGCUCUGGAGGGCCGGCAGCCGCAGCCGCCCCCACGCAAGGCACGACGGCGGCGACCGUGUCCCGCGUGCGUGCACUCUUUGAUUUUGCCGCGUCCGAACAGGACGAGCUCGACUUCAAGAAGGGCGAUGUUAUCGCCGUGCUCGAGUCCGUCUACCGCGACUGGUGGCGUGGCUCGCUCAAGGGCCGCACCGGCAUUUUCCCACUCAACUACGUUGAAAUCCUGGCAGACCCGACACCCGACGAGCUGCAGCGCGAGGCCCAGAUGGAGGCCGAGGUGUUUGCCGAGAUUAAGAACGUCGAGAAGCUGUUGACCCUGCUGAGCGUCUCCAAUACCGCGCCGCGGGAGGAGGACACGGACGAGAUUUCAAAACUCUAUCACCAGACCCUCGCCAUUCGGCCGAAGCUGAUUAAGCUUAUCGAGAAAUACUCACAGAAGAAGGACGACUUCACCCAGCUCAACGAAAAGUUCAUCAAGGCCCGCCGCGAUUACGAGGCCCUGCUCGAAUCGUCCAUGUCCCACCCGCCCCAGCCCAACUACCAGCAAUACGCCAUGCACCAGCACAUCAGCCCCCAGGGCUACCCCAUCGCCCCAGGCGGCCCCGCCGGUUCGGGCACAUCCCAAAUCGCGCCCCAUGCAGGCUAUGCGGCGCCAGGCGUGGGCCAGCAGGCGCCACCACAGCAGCAACUGCAGCAGCAGCAGUCGCAGCCGCAACCAGACCAGAGAUACUACACUCCCGGGCCACUACGUCAGGACCAGCAACAGCAGCAGUAUCCCCAGUCGCCUUCGCCGAACACACAUCGUCCGAACGCCGGUGCACCGUCUGCCUUUUACCUAGCCAACGCCGAAAUCCCGCCAGCGCAACCGCAGCAGCCGCCGCCGCAGCAACAGCAGCAACAGCAGCAGCAGCAGCAACAUCAGCAACAACAACCGCCUCCCCAGCAUCAGCAGCAAGUGCCAUACCCGCCCCAGGGCCACCAGCAGGGCCAGCGCAUCCCGUCCGGCAGUGGUCACAGCGGUGAGCCGCUCAAGCAGCCCUCCCCGCUCCAGACGAACAUUGCCCCUGCCCAGCGUCCGGCCGCCGACAACACCUACCUUCCCUACAACCCCCACCAGCAACAGCAGCAACAACAGCAACCACAGCAUCAGCCGCAGCCGCAACAGCAGCAGGGUGGCUCUGUCUCGGGGCCCAGUGGCGGCAAUGGCCCGCACAGCACGUACGGCAACCCGCAGGAGCUUUCCACAUCGGCCUACGACUCGCCCAUUGCCGCGCACAACCCCAAUGCCGUUAACAUGCCCCCCCUCCAACCUACCCAGCCCACUUCUGCUCACACGUACUCUUCGUCUGUUUACUCGCCGGACCAGUAUGGGCCGCCGUCUGUCGUUGGUCUUCCUACCGGACCCCCGCCGGCUGAAACGAACAGCAACACGUCGGCGCCUCCCAACCCUUCGUACCAGGCCUACAACGGCUACCCGUCUUCUGCACCGGCACCGCCCCAGUCCUCGGCUCCGGCACCCGCGCCGCCCACCGCGUCUCCGCCGCCCGCUCAUGGUGGUGGCGGUGCUGGGCACUACGACUCCCGCCAGAGCCUGCCGAGCCGCCUGAGCACCAGUGGGCCGUCCGCGCCAGGUGCCGGGCCCGGCUCGCCGCCGCUCGAGCAGCAGCAGCAGUACCGGCCGUAUGUGCCCCCUACAGACGCUUCUGCCGCCGCGCACCAGGGUGGUAGCAGUCCGCCCGUGGACGAUUACUACCGGCAGACGGGUCGGGUAGGUUACUAG